CGCGGGGCGGGAAGGAUGAGAACAGAGCCGCCGCCGCGCGCCGGGCGCUGGGGCUGCCCGGGAAGUCGGUCGCACCCGCGCCCCUGCGCCCCCCGCGCUCCGCGGGCCAUGGGAGCCGGCUACCCGCAGGGACCAGGCCUCUGAGACCCUCGCCGGACCCCGGGCCCCGGCCCCCGACCCCGAGACCAUGAAGAGCGAUCGCGCCGGCAAAGCCGGAGGGCGCCCCAGGGACUUGGGCGCAGGACUCAAGUACAGCUCACGACCCGAGAGCAUGAAAGGCUUCGAGGAGGAGGGCGUGGAGUUCCUGCCUGUGAACAACGCCAAACAGGUGGAGAAGCGAGGUCCCCGGCGCUGCGUGGUGCUGACAUCCCUGCUGCUCGGCUUCCUCUUGCUUUCACUCACGGUGGGCUUGCUGGUGUGGCACUUCCAGUAUCGGAAGGUGCAGGUGCAGGUGCAGAAGGUCUUCAAUGGCUAUCUGAGGAUCACGAAUGAGAACUUUGUGGAUGCCUAUGAGAACUCGAGUUCUGCCGAGUUUAUAAACCUGGCCAAGAAGGUGAAGGAGGCGCUAAAGUUGUUAUACCUCGAGGUCCCGGUCCUGGGCCCCUACCACAGGAAUUCGGCCAUAACUGCCUUCAGUGAGGGCAGCGUCAUUGCUUACUACUGGUCAGAGUUCAGCAUUCCCCAGUCCCUGGAGGCGGAGGUGGAGCGGGCCCUGGCCGUGAAGAGAGUCAUCACGCUGCCGCCCCGAGGCCGGGCACUCAGCUCCUUUGUUGUGACCUCCGUGGUGGCCUUUCCCACUGACCCCAGGACAUUGCAGAGGCCCCAGGACAACAGCUGCAGUUUCGCCUUGCAUGCCCGGGACAGGGAAAUGACACGCUUCACUACUCCUGGCUUUCCUGACAGUCCCUACCCUAUUCGCGCCCGCUGCCAGUGGACCCUGAGGGGCGACGCGAACUCGGUGCUGAGCCUCACCUUCCGCAGCUUUGAUGUUGCCCCCUGUGAUGAGCAGGACAGUGACCUGGUCACGGUGUACAAUAGUCUGAGCCCCGUGGAGCCCCACACCGUGGUUCGGCUGUGUGGCACCUACCCUCCCUCCUACAACCUGACCUUCCUCUCCUCCCAGAACGUGCUGCUUGUCACAUUGAUCACCAGCACGGAGCGGCGCCAUCCAGGCUUUGACGCCGCCUUCUUCCAGCUGCCCAAGAUGAGCAGCUGUGGGGGCUCCCUGCGUGAUGCCCAGGGGACAUUCAGCACCCCCUACUACCCUGGCCAUUACCCGCCCAACAUCAACUGCACGUGGGACAUCCAGGUGCCCAACAACAAGAACGUGAAGUUGCGCUUCAAGUACUUCUACCUGCUGGAGCCCAAUGUGGCCCUGGGCACCUGCUCCAAGGACUACGUGGAGAUCAGCGGGGAGAAGUACUGCGGAGAGAGGCCUCAGUUUGUGGUCACCAGCAAGAGCAGCAGGAUCACGGUGCACUUCCACUCGGACCACUCGUACACUGACACAGGGUUCCUCGCCGAGUACCUCUCCUAUGACUCCAAGGACCCCUGCCCAGGGAUGUUCACCUGUGGCACGGGCCGGUGUAUCCAGACGGGUCUGCGCUGUGACGGCUGGGCAGACUGCACGGACCACAGCGACGAGCGCAACUGCAGCUGCAACCCCAGCCACCAGUUCACGUGCAAGAACAAGAUGUGCAAACCCCUGUACUGGGUCUGUGAUGGAGUGAAUGACUGCGGGGACAACAGCGAUGAGCUGGCGUGCAAGUGUCCUGAGGGGACCUUCAAGUGCACCAGUGGGAAGUGCCUCCCGAAGAACCAGAAGUGCAAUGGGAGGGACGACUGUGGGGACGGCUCGGAUGAGGCUUCCUGUGACACUGUGAGCGUGGUCACUUGCACAAGCCACACUUUCCGCUGCGACAACGGGCUGUGUGUGAACAAGGGCAACCCCGAGUGUGAUGGGAAGAAAGACUGCAACGAUGGCUCAGAUGAAAAGAACUGUGACUGUGGGCUGCGGUCGUUCACCAAACGAGCUCGGGUGGUCGGGGGCACGGACUCCGAGAGCGGCGAGUGGCCCUGGCAGGUGAGCCUCCACGCCCUGGGCCAGGGCCACGUCUGCGGGGCCUCACUCAUCUCUCCCAACUGGCUGGUCUCGGCAGCGCACUGCUUCAUGGAUGAAUUAACUUUCAAGUACUCAGACCCCACCAAGUGGACGGCCUUCCUGGGCCUGCUGGACCAGGGCCAGCGCACAGCCAGCGGGGUGCAGGAGCAUGAGCUCAAACGCAUCAUCCGGCACCCCUCCUUCAACGACUUCACCUUUGACUAUGACAUUGCCCUGCUGGAACUGAAGAAGCCUGCGGAAUACAGCGCUGUGGUGCGGCCCAUCUGCCUGCCUGAUACUUCUCAUGUGUUCCCGGCCGGCAAGGCCAUCUGGGUCACAGGCUGGGGGCACACGGAGCAGGGAGGCACGGGGGCCCUGAUCCUGCAGAAGGGUGAGAUCCGAGUCAUCAACCAGACGACCUGUGAGGACCUGCUGCCUCAGCAGAUCACCCCCCGGAUGAUGUGUGUGGGCUUCCUCAGUGGGGGUGUGGACGCCUGCCAGGGUGACUCUGGGGGCCCCCUGUCCAGCGUGGAGGCCGAUGGCCGAAUCUUCCAGGCAGGCGUAGUGAGCUGGGGUGAAGGCUGUGCGCAGAAGAACAAGCCCGGCGUAUACACGAGGCUCCCUGUAUUUCGGACCUGGAUCAAAGAGCAGACUGGGGUGUAAAGAUGGCGCUCCCCACAUGACUCAACGUGCAUGCCUGUGUGGCCACCCCGCAGGCCGGCUGCAGGCUGAGAGCAGGAUCCCUGGCCACUGUCCUCCUUGGGCCCCUGCUCCCCCAGAACCCAGACUGCACACUUGCCUGUGAGCCUCAGAGUUGCCUGGAAGCGUGGCCUCCCUCAGCCUCCACGUGUGGCCCAGAGUUGGGGAGGAGGCGCCGACUGCUGGCCGAGGAGAAGGCUCAAAGACACAGCUCCCUCACUGCGGCCCAGAGCCGCGGGCUCUCUUCUCCGGCUCCAGAGAAGCUGUUGGGGACCCUCUCCAUGCGAGUGGGGGUGCAGGCUCAGGGCUGUGGAGUCCUAGGUUACCCUCUUCAGGAAACCCCAGCCUGCAGGACUCUGGGAAACAGGAGUCUAAAAAUGGAUCUGUAUCACCAGCUCC